UGCACACUCACGAACCAUGAACAUCUUUCUCAUCCUUGUUGGAUUGUGGUACUUCGUUGCAUGCGAUGCAGCGCCCGUUAUAACUACAGUUUCUGGAACAUGUUCAUUUGACACUGGGUUGUGUGGGUAUACACAAGAUGCAAAUGAUAGAUUCGACUGGACACGGAAUACUGGAAGUACACCAAGUUGGGGAACAGGACCAUCAGGUAGUAAGGGGUUUUACAUGUACAUCGAAACUUCCUGGCCACGACUUAGCAAGGAGAAUGCUGUUCUGGUUAGUCCUGUUUUAGACAAAUCAAUGAACUGCUUGGAAUUCUUCUACCACAUGAAAGGUGUAAACAUUAUGACCUUGAAUGUUUACACACAAGAGGCUAGCGGCUCAAGAACAUUGCGAUGGUCUUUGACUGGCCAACAAGAUUCCAAGUGGUUACAUGCCUCAAUCCAUUUUCAAAAUCAAGAUCUUUAUAAGGUUGCUUUUGAAGGGGUUUCUGGUACAGGUUGGAUGGCUGACAUAGCUAUUGAUAACAUAACAGUUUCUUAUGAUCAAAAGUGUCAAAUUUUCCCCAAACAAGCAGCUCCAGUAACUCCAACGCAGACACCCGAUGCAAACCUCCCUUCAGGUGUAUGUGGGCAUAGGCAAGAGACUAGAAUUGUAGGCGGUACCGCAGCACAACCGGGUGAAUGGCCAUGGCAGGUCAUGUUGAUGUACAAACGGAGUGAUAAUGGUGAAUGGAGUCAGUUUUGCGGUGGAACUCUAGUUACUCCUGAUUGGGUAGUGACAGCAUCUCACUGUGUCAGUGAUAUAGACCCAUCAACUUAUGCUGACUAUCGGAUCAGGGCUGGCGCUCAUCAAAGGAAUCAAACCAACAUGGGUAGCGAYAUCGAACGGAUUUACAUACAUGAGGACUACAAUGCAUAUCCUUACCAAUACGAUAACGAUAUCGCUCUAAUCAAGCUCAAAAACCCUGUUAUGUUGGACGUAAAAAAUAUAUUUCCUGCCUGUAUUUCUAAUGAUACGGCAACGUUUCCCCCAGGAACAAAGUGCUAUAUWACAGGUUGGGGAACACUUUCGUCUGGAGGCGAUGCUCCUUUGGAAUUGCAAGAGGCACAGGUACCACUUGUUUCAAGGGCAGAUUGCACAAAAAAUGGAUCAUAUCCUGCCCAGGAGAUUUCUUCCACUAUGUUAUGCGCUGGAUAUGUAGGUGUAGGGGGAGUUGAUAGCUGUCAGGGUGAUUCGGGCGGUCCUUUGGUGUGUAAGAACAAUGGGCUGUGGUACUUGGUAGGAGUGACUAGCUGGGGGUACAGCUGCGCCGAUCCAAAAUAUCCUGGGGUCUAUGCAAAUGUCCCUGUUCUCCAUCAGUGGUUGGCAAAUACAAUCGCCCGUCAUGUAAAUGUGUGAGAAAACCAUGAAUGGCAAACACAUGAAAUAAAUACCUUAAACAAGA